CUCGUAAGUCGUAUGGUCGUAUAGCUUUUGCGAAAUUGCGAUCGGCUUUUUGAAAUAAUUUCCAAUUUCUAUAAAUAAAUACAGUGCAAUUAAACCAUAUUUAAUUCGUGCUAUGAACUCUAUUCUUGUGUGAAAGUGAUAAAAUUAUAUAUUUACAAAUCUGGAUGACAAAACAAUGAUUGCGGCUUCUGAACCUUUGGAGUUUGUACCGCAUGGAAGAACAGUAUUAGCAAAGCACCCCGGUCAGAUAUACCGGUCGGGACGCAAUGCAUCCGCAUCGGAGCACUCACUGCUGUAUAAACUGAGCAACUUUGCCAUCAAGGAUGAGAGCCUGGUGGAGGCCAGGGAUGAGCAGGAGUGGUGGACCAUCAGAGAGGUGUACUAUAGAGCUGAUGAUAUGAAAAACUCACUUCAAGAAGCCCAAAAAGAUCCAAAAUGUGAAUACACGGACUCAUUCCGACCGCCAAGUCGGUUAAAAAACGAUUUUAACAUAUCUAUAAAAUCUGAACUUAUGAGCGGUAUGAGACGUGAUGACUUACCAUCUGCUGGACCAUCCAGGGGAGGCAGUGCUAAUAGUUCUAGCAAUAUGUCGAAGAAAUUUAACCUUAACUGUAGUCAGAAUAAGAAACCAAAGAAGAAGCCGUUAAAUCCUAAAACGGAUUGCUAUUAUGAAGAGGAGUUGUAUGUUAAAGGAUGCACUGCUGUUUGGUCCAAAGGUUUGAUCUCAUCACCAGCUACUAAGCUAACCGGGCCUGAACAUCGGGAAACCAUCGCCUGUUUCACCAUCGAAAACACCAUCAAACACGCCGCCUUCGUAGACUUCCAUGUCGACAUUAACAACACCAUGCUCAUAGACGCUCUCAACUCACAGAUAGGCGAUUUCAAAAAGAAUAUAAAAGUAGAAGAUACCACAGAGCAUAUAGAAAACAAAACUGUACCCUCCAUACUUCUUAUAGACAGCAAGUGUAUGAGAGUUUAUGCUACAGAUGGUCGAGAAUACAUAGCAAGCAUUCCGUUCCAAGUUAAAAAAGUAUGGCCCAUGAAAUACGGCGUAUUACUCGAAAAAGAUGCAACACCCAUACUACACAAUUCCGUACUACCUUCUUCGUUUCUCAAACUAAACGAAUCUCAUAAUAGUUCAUUUUCAAAAUCCAGAAAUUGCCCUUUCAGUAUGAGCGCUAGAUUACGUCAAGAAUCAAUUUCAGGUUACGACCAAGAAUAUCCGUUACCCACAUGUUUUUCUUUGACCCAUCCGUUAGAUGACGUUAUUCCAAUUUUGAUGAAAUCUUCCGCGCAGGGUUUACAGUAUUACAACGACGGGGACUUACAAAUCAUUUUCGUUAGUACAGAUCCUAGUAUAAUUCUGCUAUACGAUUGGAAGUUACAAACUCAUUCGCUGUGGAAGAUUCGGAAGGCUGCUCGGGAAGAAUGCUUAGCAAUGUGUCCAAAUGUAAACGCCACUUUUAACCAAUCCUGUGACUUCGUUGGAAGUCCGAUGCACAGUAUGAGGAACCCCAGUUUUAAUAGCAGCCCGUAUCAUUUGAAAAAGGGUUCGGAGACACCAAAUCGGUCGAGGCAUAACAGUCCAAUGGCCAAUGUGUUCCACCAACAAGGUUUAUCGCCACACUCGUCGGUUGGCCAAGCUAGUUCUACUACAAUAAAUUCCAAUACAACAGCCAAUACGCCACCCUCUUUGCCUUUAUACCCAGACAUUUGUCUCGAUCAUAUUUGGACUGAUAGCCAAGUUAUAAGAAGAGAUCCAGUUGAAAGUCCUAAUGACAUAAAAGCGUUUUUACAUACGGAUUUGGUUGGGCACGAUUAUUUAUGCUUUAUGGUAAAGGUUAACGGGGUUACGAGGUUACAAAUCGUGAGGUUGCAGAAAUCUCACUCUCACGGGCAGUUGUCUAAAACAAACAUCAUAGUGGGGUCUAUAUCCUCGGUUUUGGCGAAAGAUGCAGUGGUCUUGGACCAUUUGAAGAUGAUCGCCUUGAUUGACGAAACUGGGAAUAUUAUAUUGCAGUCUGGCAACAGCUUUGUAGGAAAGGUCCACGUAGGAGGUAUUCUGGCCAGACUAAUUGACUCCCCGUACACCAAGCAGUCAACCUUCCAAUCGCCAUUCCCAAGACGCAGUAGCUUACUACCAACCCGAUGCGAUGCGACGUCCUUUGACGACUCGGCUUUACACUUGCUGUCCCCUGUACUGCAUUCUUCUGUUUCUAGGUUGGAACCAAAGGAAAGCUUAGGUAUACGCAGCCUGUGCGACGCGGCCGGCGCUCGCGUUAGCGUUCGCUCGGAAGCUGGGCAGUUGUAUCGCAUCGCGCUGCCCGAACAUGUAUGUUCGCCGCUCGUCACUAGAUGUUGCGCGGCCUUUACCACUGCUCUGCCCAAGGACAUCACUAUGCAGGUUAUAAUAAAAUGGUACGGGGUCCGAAACGCUCCAGGCACUCAAGAUAUAACACCCGGACAAGAAUGGACUAUGUUCUCUAACCUAAUACUAUCCUUAAUCGGCUACGACGUAGAAAGGCUCUCUCAAAGCCGACAGAAUGAGGAAGAACAAGUUGAAGUGGUCACUAAAAAGCAGAGAACUUCCAGCGAUGGUACCCAAGACGAUUGGGAGUACCUCCUCAACUCCAAAAUGCACAAAACCAUUGGCAAUUCCCUCGCAAACAUGCUCAAUCUCCACCAAAUACAAUCAGAAACAAGACAUUCAAGAGCAAACGAAAAAAAAGAUGAAGACGAAAAACCUUCACAAUUCAACACGAAUUCGCUACUUUUUCCUUACACAGUACAAGUUUUUUACGCAUUCCAUUUACUAUACGAAGAUUUGAAGCUGAACACUCUAUUAUCAAGCGAUUUGAAACCCUUAUCGGAAUUUUUGUACCAAAUAUCGAAAGAUUUGUGUUUGGAAAAAUAUGUAAAUCAUUAUUGGUUAGAUUUCCCCACAGAUUACAGUUUAGAAUACGAUGAAAGUGAUAGUCAAAUGAAUGAAGCGAUCUUGAAGAAAUUGACCCAACCUAACUACUUUAAUACAGAGCCGCCAAAUAUAUUUAGUUAUAUUGACUGUAUGUUGAAAGAUGUGGAUGUUGGGUACUAUCCGUUUAUGGCUGAGGUGAAUCAUAUGUCUCGUGAUAUUAUCGAGGUCCUAGCGACUGUUGGUUGUGGGUCGAGCGCUGGGGUGCAAACUCUCAGCAGCCGGGACUCGGUAACGGCCAGCAGCACCCCGCGGCCCCGGGACCAGUCCCCUCUGUGCACCCCACACGCCAAGGCUGUGCUCCUGGCUUGUGAUAGAGGUAUAACUCCUCGUGACAUAGACAACCUCCCGCCAGCGUUAGCCCUGGUCCUAGUGACGAUAUUCAGCCGCUGCAAGAGCGAGCCGCCCGUGGACUGGCCGGCGGAGGCCUACACCCUGGUCAUGAGGGAGGAUCUGGCGCUCCAAGCGGACAUCGCUGACACCAUCAAAUCUGCUGACGAGUAUAUGGAGUCUCUAGCCUUAGAAGUAUUAGAAAAGGAAACCGCAUACACCCAACUACCGAAUCCAGGCGAGGAACCUCCACAUAAGAAUGACGAUGAAACCAGUACGGGGAUGGAACAUCUAAAUACCAAACUGUUGAGCCUUUUGUACCCACGGGACCAUCGAAUGACGGAAGUGUUCAACCUCCUCCAGUCUUCCAUCCCAGUGACGAUCAACCUAACCCAGCGACCAGAAGUGUCAGAUCACGAUUUCAUUGAGGAGCAGGAGAAACACCUUCAUGCUAUAAACACCAGGACUAUGGCGCUGCCUGUUGCUAGGGGUAUGGUAACCCUUCGCAGCCUGCCCUGUUCACCAACAGAACCGUUGACUCUGCCAAAACUGUGCGUGACCGGCCGCGGUCCUCCUCCGCGCUGCAACACCAUCACACUGGGAGGGGGAGACACGCCCCCCCACUGCCUGCUGUGGCCCACCUUCCACAACGGGGUGGCGGCGGGCUUGGCGCUGGUGCCCAUGACCGGCACCAGCAUACACUCAAGCUGGAUCAUCUACAACAAGCCACGGGGCACGCAGGAUAUGUCUACGGAACACGCGGGAUUUUUGCUGGCCCUGGGGCUCAAUGGGCAUCUCCGGGAUAUGCCGUUCAUGAACAAGUACGAGUACCUCGUCAAAUGUCAUGAGAUGAUUAGCAUUGGUCUGCUCUUGGGAUUGGCUGCUACUUAUAGGGGUACAAUGGACGUGCAAGCCACCAAAAUGAUGAGCAUUCACCUGGAACCUCUGCUUCCGCCCACGUCCAUCGAGCUGGAUAUUCAGCAGGGGGUGCAAGUGGCAGCGCUGCUCGGGGUGGGCUUGUUGUACCAGGGAACGGCGCACGCGCACUACGCACAGGUUCUGCUCAACGAAAUUGGCAAGCCACCAGGUCCAGACAUGGAGAACUGCGUAGAGAGAGAGGGCUACGCUCUAGCAGCCGGCCUCGCACUGGGUUUGGUGUGCUUGCGUGCUGCGUCUACCGCACCGCACCUCGCGCACAUUGCGCCGCAACUGAGGACGUACAUGCUCGGCGGAGACCGACGCGUCAACGGGUCGCAAAAAGACAGAUACAAGCAAGGCUCAUUCGCAAUCAGAGAGGGUGGUACAGUAAACUUGGACGUGACGUCACCAGGCGCGACCGUAGCCCUAGGGCUCCUGUACCUGCGCUCCAACAGCGCAGCCGUGGCCGAGUGGCUUAAACCCCCAGCCACGGCAUAUUUACUGGACUUCGUACGACCAGAUCUGCUCAUGCUAAGGGUUAUAGCUAGAGGUCUGGUGUUAUGGGACCGUAUAGAUGCGAGCCAGGAAUGGAUCGAGGAACAAGUGCCGCCAACCAUCAAGCCGUACUGCUUCGUCAAACCAACUGAAGACAACAUCGACUAUGAGGCUAUGAACCAAGCAUACUGCAACAUAAUAGCGGGGGCGUGUUUCACCCUGGGGCUAAGAUUCGCGGGCUCCGGAGAUGAAGACGCGAGGGAUGCUGUGCUGCACUUCGUGUCUCUGUUCCUGCGGCUCAGUAGUAGAGGGGUGGCGGAGUUGGCGGGAGGGUCCACGUUCGAGGCGUGCACUUGUAUAUGCUUGUUGGCUGCUGGGAUGAUAACGGCUGGCAGAGGGGACAUCCUCGUUCUGCGAGCUUGUAGAAGGCUUCGGGCGCGCCUGCCCACCGCGCCGCGCCCCGCGCCCGCCGCCCCCGCCCCGCCGACACCGCUCACGCACGGCGCGCAGAUGGCGGUACACUGCACCAUCGGCCUGCUAUUCUUGGGCGGAGGUCGGUCCACAUUGUCCAGCUCGCCGGAAGCCGUGGCGGCGCUCAUCACCGCCUUCUUCCCCAAGUUCCCCACACAUACCGAAGAUAACAGAUAUCACCUGCAAGCAUUCCGUCACCUGUACGUACUAGCGGUCGAGCCGCGCUUGAUACUACCACGGGAUCUCGAUACUGGGAAACUCUGCUAUGCACACAUACAGGUGAUAGACCUUCUAGGCACAAUGGAAGAGAUGAAAGCUCCCUGCAUCAUUCCAGAGUUAAAUACACUGAGAGAAGUGAGGAUAAACGAUCCCCGCUACUGGCCCAUCACGUUCCAUAGAGACCACAACUGGGACCAGCUCAAAACAUUCCUUGACUAUACCUGGUGCGUGGACAUCAAACAACGCGCGGGCUGUCUGUCAUACUUGGACGACCCAGAAGGCUUCCUGACAAUAUUGGCCCAGACUUUGACCCUCGACAAGUCCAACAUUUGGUCCACGUCCACUGAGAACAUAGACCUGUUCACCAACGACGAAAAGGUCAAGAACUUUGUCAAACAUUACUUGGCCAAGGAUAUGAAUAAGAGUAAAGAUAUUUGCGGCGACUGCCUGAUCCUGCAGCGGAGGCGGAAGGGCGUGAAGAACGAGGCGCUGCUGCCUCGCCAGUGCGUGUGCCGGAAGUACAACAAGGACGAGCAGGAGUACGUGCAGGGGCUCAGCAUGGUGACGUACGAGUGCGUCGUCAGGGACAUUAUGUGCGCUCUGCCCAUUUGGACCACUUUUCUGAAGAUAAUAAAAGCGAUGAAAACGGAACCAACAUCAUACCACACGUGGCAAAUAAAACUCCUUCUUUCACAAAUAGAAAGCCACAACAAACGGGCGGCCACCGAAAUGACAAUCGACGGAAUAGAACCGAACGAACCGUUAAUAUCCACCGAAUUCACGCUCGCUAUAAAACAAAAAGUCGCGCAAAUCUAUGACAAAUGGGAGUUAAAGAUAACGCCAUAUUUGAGGAAAUAUUUGGGUCCGGUUAUGGGCCCAGGCGCAGGUUACGGGACCAGGAGUUGUAGACAGGACUUGUUCGGUGAAGGCGUGUCGAAAGGUCAAGAAGCGGACACGAGGAGGGUAGUUAGUUCGUUCCUCGUGUACCACUCGCUGAGCCGGGGCGUGUUGUCGGACGAGCUGACUCUGCUGCUGAGCGACAAGCUGAGCCUGAGCGCGGAUGCUGUGAGCAAGCUCUGUGCUCUGCUGAGAUGAUUGAGGUCACUGACCGGGCGGGUCACUCGGUCUAGGUGUCGCGGCGAUUGCGUGCACGACUGGUGCUAGGCGCGGCGCUCAUUGCUGCGGGUCACGACACCUUCCAUAGAUCACAAAGUAGUAAUAAUGGUAGAAAGAAAGAAAAAACGUUUAUUUUUUUAAAGCUGUGCCACACAUUACCAGCUAUACCUACGGGUUAGGUUAUCCCAGCGCCUCUAAUACUUGAGCAUUAAAGUUAAAAGACCUCAAGCAGAAGCAGCGCCGGAAUAAACUGUGUCAUGUGUGGCACAACCCGACAAAAGGUCCCAAAUCAGUAUAAAUACCUUGUCCAAACACAAAAUCAUACAGCGCUGGUUUUCAGCCGAAACCCUGAUUCGGGUAGCGCCAAGGUAUAGGUUUUAAAGGUCGUGACCUCGGUAUUAAUUGCAGUAGGGGGUUUUAAGGGGCUUUAUCUCACAAUUAAUUACAUUAGUAAGAGUUUAUGAUUCGUUAACCCAUCAUAAAUUACAUUGUUAGAGGUUUGCUUGGGACACUAAUGCGAUGGGCUCAAAUACCAUACCGUAAAGUCUGCGUCGUUUUCCUCAUCGUUGAAGAUCGUGUCACCUUCCAUAAACCGUAGUGGUAGCCGUAAUCGCCUUAACACCGAUCGAACCCGGCGGUAUGUGUGGAUGCACCAUCGGUCAUCAUAAAUCACAAUGUUUAACUUGGGAUAAUAAUAUGAACGAAUUUACAUUUCCAAAGUCGGUUACCCAUCCAGUGAUCGACUCUUAGGUACUGCAAGCACGCCU